AUGUGGGUGCACAAUGGCUUGUGGCUCCAGCACCGAGCCAGGCGAUCAAAGGAACGCGCCCCCCACCUCCCCCUUCGGCCGCUGUGGCUCGACUUGUACACUAGCCACACCACGCAACUGGAGGCGUUCGCAGCGUGGUGCGGGUUCGCCGAAGGCUUCGACCUCGUAGACAAUUUGGUUGGCGUCGUCGUGUUGAGGGCAGGUCGGUACUGCAUUCACAUGCAGGGGGAGUUUGCCAAGAGGGUGGCCACGUCCAAGCAGCUGGCCACAGCAGACAAACAAGUCGACGUGACGACCGUGGUGUCGUUGCGGCAAGGCGACGUCGUGCGAGUCCAAACGCUAGGCCCGAAAGCGGUCCUCGCAUCGGGGGCUAUCCUCAACAUGUACGAGCUGUAUGUGUACUAG